GGUGAUGGGAGGGUUAGCUAUGUGAUUCAGUCCCACCAUCUACUGAGCACCUGACAGCAGGAUACAGUAACAAGACUGAUUCUCUAUUAGAACAUCUUACAUUAUGGAAUACACAGAGCUAGCCAGAUCAGCUGCUGAUAAUUUACUUUCCUACAGCAAGGACCAGAGCGGUUGGAAACUCUGCAAGAGAACUGUAAGCAAAUAAUGUCUGUCCUUCCUUGGUAGUGUGUUGGUAGCUGCAGUGUAUCUAAUGUUAUUAUGAACUGUGUUGAAGCCAUUGUGUACUGUAUUGUAUGCUUUACUGUUUAUGCGUGAUUGUGCCUACACACAUACACAUAUAUGGAUUACACUCCCACUUCCUUAACCCACUGGCUGAGCAUGAUAGGAACUGUCAUGAAACAUCAGUUCUCAAAUUUCUGUUCCCAUUAUGUGUCGUACUGCAGUUCCCAUCCUUUUUGUGUGUCAGGGUAAGUGGUGCAGGGUCUGUGUUAUCCCAAUGUCAUGUAGAGCUAUGUGUGCCAUCAUGUAGCUAGUUAAUGAUGUGUCAUAUUACCUGCAUUGUAUAUACCUGUCACAUUAUAUUCAUGACUCCUGUAAUUGGUCAGACUGCUGUGACAUAUAAAGCUGGAUUUUCAUUCUGAGAUGAGCCAUCAUCAGUUAUUUAAAGAAAACACAAAAUUAUAUCUCCAUCUCACUGGCCAUCAGUUAUGUAAAGAAAAUAACUAAAUUAUAUCUCCACCUUGACGGCCAUCAGUUAUUUAAAGAACAGAACUAAAUUAUAUCUCCACCUCGCUGGCCAUCAUAAACCCUUGCAAUAAUUAAAGAAAUUAAUAAAAUUUCGGGAAUGUAUGCAUAAAAUAAAUGCAUUCUAUACAUCAUCUCUUAAUUAGCAAUAUAACAUUAACAUAACUAAAAGGGUAACUCCAAAUAAAAAAACAGUGUUUUAAGAAAACACAGUUUCAGGUUAUAGCAACCACUAUCAACAACUAUCCUGAUGCCACCUCAACCCUCCACCCCCCGCCUCCACUUAAAAACUUAUACGUUUACCUCCGCUUCAGCACCAAGGCCAAGUUCUCCAUGCAACUUGGUCCUCCUCCACUGACGUCACUCCAGCCAGGGGAGAGAUGUAGGGGGAGAAAUGAGGGGGACGGGGGGGCAUGUUUCCAUUAGUCACCUAUCAUCAGCAUAUCAGCAUGUUGCUUGUUCCAGGAUGAAUAAUGAUGCCGAAUGGAUUAACCUUUUUAUGUGCAGUGUUUCAUAGUGAAACGCUGAACACACAGACUCCAGGCACCAUGACCACUUCAAAUCACUGCAGUGUUUAUGGUCCUUGCAAUAAUUCUUUAAUAUUAGUUUGAAAAGAUGUAUUACUUUCUACAGACCAAGAGAGUGAACUCAGCUAAAAGCAGUGAGUUUAUGUCUUACUUUGACAAUGUAGGAUACAAUAUUAUCAAUUUAAUUAUAUCGACUUCAAAACUUGCCAGUCUUUAUUCCAAUAUCCAUCCAUCCUUUGUCACAUCAGUACCUACAGUCUUUAUGUUCUAGAUUCGGGCUACUAAAAAAAACAAAAAACUUUCCAACAAGGAGUUGACAUGACGUAAGUGACUUGGCAGUCUAGGCCUACGACAUACUUAUUAUUAUUGCCUGGCAGCCAUGUUUACUAGGAUACCUGCAUGAGCUUGAGCUACAAUAACUGGCUGUCCAUCAAGCAAACUUUUUAUAGCAGUGUCAUUGCAUACAUUAACAUGGCAGUCAGCUGCUGUAACUCAACAACUAUCACCAUUUACUCCAGCAUGCCAUCUAUUGGCAGGUAUCUUGGGAUCUCCUGCAUUCAUCCCCACUACUGCCUUCAAUAUUUGCAGUCUUUCAUAACCUCCUCUUUCAAUCCUUCUAUCCUUGGGGCUUCUCCGUUCCUAGACGACUAUGAAAUCCACUUAGAUUGCAAGCUCCUUGGAGCAGGGCCUUCUUCACCUGAUGUCUCCGUCAAUAUUAUUUUGUAUGUCAGUUACUUGCUGUCAGAUACCCCCUGUCAAUAACUAUAUAGCACUGCGGAAAAUUGUUGGCACUUUAAAAACACUGUUACUAAUAAUAAAGAAAUCAACGACUUGUACUGUCCCACUCACUAUUAACCCAUUCCCAAUAAUGAGAGAUUACAUAUUUUUUCAGCUCCAUACCAAAUGGGAAAGUUCUAUCAACUAAUAAAAUUCAAAACACUCACAUCAAACCCAUUUUCGGACUGAUUUUGAACAUCUACAACUUUAUCCAGAAAGAACCCUCUUCCACAUUUGCAGUGUUCGCAGGGGCAUGGCCCAGAGGCCUUAAUACAGCUAUUCUCAAUAAGGAAUGGCACAAUUUGUAUGUAAUAAGUACAUCUAGUUUCUAUUUGAAGCUAACACCAAGUCUGAUAUGGCCUUCUUUUAACUUCCUCAUAUUUCAACACUGCUUCGCUGUUCCUUUUUGUGUUAUUGUACGUUAUCAUUUAUUUUAGGACCUAAUAACCCUAUAGUGCCAGGAAAACGAGUUUGUUUUCCUGGCACUAUAGUGCUCUUUUAAAUGAGGAUUCAAAGAGAAUUGGAAAUUUAAGGUAAAAAAGCCAAACUGGAAGAAUUCUCUAAGUUAGCUAAGCUCUCAGUUUUGCUAUUUUGGCUUUAAAUUUGAAAUCCAAUUUAAAUUGGAUUUAAUGCUUUCUUUAGUGAAUAGUCCUGCUAGACUCUAUGGUCUUCCCUGCUCAAACUCCUUGUACAUUGCAGUGACAUAAUCAGCCAUUGCUCUGUGCAGUAUUCUAAGCAAGGGAGACUCUAAAAAUCAUACAGAGCAAAUCCUAACAAUUAUUUACCUACACAUAUUUUUAUUGACCUCACUAAAGCUGAUUUUUGUCAAAAUGAUGUCACUGCACUGUGCAGCAAAAGAAGCAAGGGAGACCAUAGAGACUAAAUGUCAGAUUCAAACACUGUCUACCCAACGGUGCAUGUAUAUGGCUCCAGGAUCCUGUUAUAUACUUUAAAGGAACCGUAGGUGCUAUAACAACUUCAUCUUAUUGAAUUGUUAUAGUGCCUUUAUUCCUGCACCUGCCCUAACCCCCUAAACCCUUUAUUUCACUGAAUAGAAGGCUGGAAGCAUGGCUUCAAGACAUACCUCCAGCCUUUUGGGUAUAAGAGCUGAGAAUGUUACUUCCCGACUCUCAUACGGUAAGAUACCAGUGUGGCUCUUUCCUUUACGGUGUGCCAUAGAGAAUCAUUGUAUCAAUCAUUCUCUAUGGCAGAAUCUUAGACGCAUCUCGGCGAGGGCCAUGGAUUUUCCCAAGGUCCCCAAUGCUCCACUAUGAGGAGCAUUGGAUUGGACUGUCAUCCUGGAGCUAUCCUGGAGUUAUGCCUCCAGGAAGAUGUCAAUCGAGGAGGAGGUUGCGGCAACACUGAGGGAGACUCUGUGUUGGAGAAAAGAUAAUUUGUUUUAUUUUUAGUAUUUUUUUAUUUUAAUUUUAUAAUACCGCUCUAAACUUAACAUACAUCCUAACGCUACAGUGUUCCUUUAAGGUAGGGAUAAGUUUCUCAUUUUUUUUAGAUAUAUUUCAUUCUUUUUUUUUUUUAAAUCUAUUUCUCAUCUACACACCAUAAAAAUCAAUGUCCUUCCCAGAUUGUUGUUUCUCUUCCAUGCCCUACCAGUACGAGUCACUCAAGGAGACCUAACCAACAUACAAAAGGCCAUAGACACAUUUAUUUGGCAGAAAAAAUGCCCAAGACUUUCUCGAAGCUUAUGAUACACCCCCAAAACUAGGGGAGGAUUAGGUUUACCACACCUUUACCACUAUUACUAAGCGGCGCAGUUGACCCAAAUCAUCCACUGGCACUCCCUUCCAGAUUGAAGACAAUGGGUAGAAAUAUAUCCCAUCCCCUAAUUUUACAACAGGCUACCUAAACAUAGAGAUUUCUUACGGACCACCUGUCCAGCCAUCCUCAACUCCCUCCAAAUAUGGGACCAAACAGCACUAAAGUACACCUUAAGGGGUUCCCUCUCACCAAUGACCCCUGUACUCAGGAACAGACAACUCCCACCGGGAAUGUGAGCAAAAGACUCUAAAGGACUUGAACAUACAGGACUACAACAAUUUAUCCAUCUCUAUGUUGACAAUAACAUAGUCACAUACGAACACCUACACACCUUAGCCCCGUUAACGACAUACAGGUUAGGGACUUUGCUCACACCAAAGAGGUCCGCGCAGCCACGAAAAUACCAAUGACCUUCUUUGAAAAAAGUUUUUUUUCAAAGAAACCUCCCAAACAAAGUAAUCACCAGCAUCUCUGCUUGAAAUUUAUGGAAAGCCGACAUGGGAGAGGAGUUAGAGGGGACCGAUUGGCAAGACGUUUGGGAAGCAUGCGCCAAAUCCUCCAUAUGUGUUGCAUCACAGGAGCAAUCCUAUAAAACACUAUUCAGAUGGUACAUGACCUCUGUUAAACAGUGCCACAUGAAACUAAGUCCUACAGACUCAAGCUGGCGCUUAUCCGGACAAAGGGUUAGCUAUAUCCACAUGUGGUGGCAGUGCCGUAGGGUGAUGGGAUUCUGGCAGGAGGUGGUUGACUUGAGUUCAAGUAUCCUCCAAAGACAACUAAACCUAGAACCAUGGGCCUGCCUGUUGUCCAAACCAACUGAUGGUCUCCACAGACACAAGCAGAAACUGCUCAACAUGAUCUAUCUAGCAGCACAUAGAGCGCUAGCACAAAACUGGGCAAACCUCGACCUACUCUCACUCGCUUUAGUUGUCACCAAAGGGACAAUAACCCUAUGGAUAGGCUAACCGCACAGGUCAGAAACACCACCACGCUUUCCAAAAGGUAUGGGACCUGUAGGAGCAAUAUGACGCACAGUCCCCCUCAGAGGGAUGGGACAGUUCUUGGUGGCCUCAGAUCCAGAGGCUGGGGGCAGACCCGCUCUUACCGGUGUCGUGGGGAGAAUCACAGUCUCUCUCAUAUUUCUCAUUUUCAUACUGUUGGGAUGCUUCCCUAGCUCUGAGCCACCGCUUACCAUUGAUAUAUGUUGUUAAAGCACUGGGAGGAGACCGCUGCUCUGCCUCUUGGGUUCUCUUGUGAGGACUACGGUUGGGGUUCAUGGUACAUGGCCCAUGAAGUCUAGCUGGCCGGUAUACUCUGGGGGGUGCCUGGGGGUGGGGAAUGGGGAAGAACCCGCAGCCGGUGGGUGAGUGGCGCACCUCGCCGCCGCCUGUAGCGGGGGCAACGCCAAAGCAUGAUAAGGCUGCCAACUCACACCACUCAACAACAUAUCGGCGGGGCGGUGCUAUUAUGCUAUGUUACUUUAUAAGGUUACUCUGCAUUUUAUUUAGAUUUUCUGUUCUGUUAUGAAAAAAAAAAAUUAAAAAACCAUGACAGAUUAUGACCAGGCCAAUAACCACUAUUUAUACAUGUCAUAUUCCUUUCUAUAUCACUGAAAUAAUGUUAUAUGAAACAUGUUUGGGUUUUGCACAAGCCUUUAUACUGCAGAUCAAUUUUCUGUCAUGGCGAAAAUAAAGAAUAAAAAAAAAAAUAAUCUAUUUCCUUUCAAUACUUGAUGAAAACAUUAUUAUAUUAAAAUAUAUUUUGAGGUGACAGCUGUGUUCGUUUAGGUUCUUGUUGUUAUGUGUCAUUAAAGAAAGCUUGGUUUUGUUAAACAGGGAGGAGUUACUGUGCACUGGAGGCCAUCGUCUGAAUUUACCGGAAACCUGUAAGUAUUGCUUUCACAACCUGAAAAAGUAAUUCUCACUGAUAUUUAUGUUGUUUAUUUAAUUAAAUAAUUAUAUAUUUUUAGUUCAUUAUCAUAUUUGGUUCUGAGUUGGUAACUUUAGCAUGGUAGGUAGUGUGUAGUAGUAGUUGUGGCUCCACUACUCUUUUAAUGCCUAAUUUUGAUAGAAAGUUGAACUGUGUUUUUAUUCUAGAUACAAGGGCGAAGCUAUUAUUCCAGCAAAACCAGAACACCUUUGGGAAUGUUUGAAGCCAGAGCCUGGCGGAUUGAGAGUUAAAUGGGAUCAUAACGUAGAGGAAUUCCAGCUUAUAGAAAAGAUUACAGACGUGAGUGAAGAAGAGAAUAAGCCAUCGUAAUAUACUAAUGCUAAGUGCUGGUAUUAUACCUGCUACAUACAGAAUAGCAUGCUUCCACCAUUUUGUUUUUGUUUGACUACCGCUUUCAGCAUCUCACAGCGAUGAUGGCUAACAUUUACACUUCAUUAAACCUCGCUGAGCAUCUGAUUGGUAGUUCACAGACAUCUUUUUUUCACAGUCACCUAUAUGGAUUUAAAACUACAAUUCUACUGUUAACCAGCUUUGCUCAGAGUGUUGGGGUUUUCAGUCCAGCAAUAGCUUUGGGACCACACACAUCUAAUUGUGCUACGUCAUGAUGACAAAAGCACCUGUUUUUGAAAAUGUAUCUUUAAGCAGUAAUGUACAAAGUGGUUGGCUCAGUCCUCCACAGGUGAAAAACAGAAUGGGGGUGCACACAGCAGCUCUGUCUCACCUAUUACUUUUAGUAGCGUGGCAAAGAAGAUUUCACUAUUUUCUAUCCGUGUUUAGCAGGGAGGGAGCUGCAUCACCAAUACAGGUAGCGGGUGCAGAGUGAUAUGCCACCAGCACCAACUGCCUGGUAACUGUAGCAUGCCGGGGAGCAAGGAGCAGCAAGGAGUCCCUGCUUCCCCAUCCACUAAACACCAGGGACUGUAACUCCAUCCAAGCUCCCAUACUGAGUGUGAUUAAAGACAGGAGGCAGAUUUGAUGCCUUUGUGCCUGAAUCUGUGUGUGACUGCAUGCCUCUGUCUGUGUGUCUCUGACAGUGUGUGUGACUGUAUGUGACUGUACUCAGGUGACUAUAUGUGAUAUAGUCUAUUUGUGUGACUGUGUACAUCUGACUAUUUGACUGUGUAUGUAAUGGUGACUGUGUGUGAUGAUGUGUGACUGUGGGCGUGUGACUGUAUGGAACAUUGUAUAUGUGUGACUAUGUGUGUAGGUAUAUGUAUGUGUAAGUGAUUGUGUGCAUAAUUCUGUAAUUAUGAAUGUCUCGAUUGUGUGGGAUUUUUGUGUGUUUGUGACUCUGCAUGUACAUGUUUGUGUGUGAGUGCAUGUGUGAUUGCACAUCUAUGUAUGUAUGUAUGUAUGUGGGUGGUUAACACCCACAAAAAAGUGUAGGAAGGUUCAGAAACAGAUAAGAGGUAAGGGAGCUUAAGAGAUACACCAUAAGUAACAUAAUCUUGAAAGGAAGGAUUAGGAGAUCCACACAAGUAUAGUCAGGAGAUAUACACAAAUGGAUGAGUUGGCAUGGAGUGACACACAAAAGUGUAAAAUGCAGGGUGAGGGGUGCCAACAUAAAUAUUGACCCUGUGUGCCAAGUGACCAAGGUGCACUUUUCCUUUUAAAAAAGGCAACAAAUCUAAAAUGUGUUGGGAUGACAUUCUCUUGUCACUAGAAAAAAUCCUGACAACUGUCUUUCAAAAUGUAAUCCAAAAUUGUCAAUUUCUUAAAGCUAGAUAUCAUUGGCCUAUAUUUUGUAAAGCAGUCUUCUGGUUGGCAGCCAAACAUCUCUAUGAGAGAAUAGUUACAAUGUCCAGCUAGCCAGUAGACUUAUUAUAUCUUAUCCUGGGAAAUAUGAUACAUAGGUGUGUAAGCCAUAUCUAUCCUAAACCCUAUGUAUGUGUGUGUGUACUUUACCUAACCGUACUUUAUAGAUAUGUGCUGUGCGGAAAGGAAGAGCAAUCUCAAUACAAAUGGCAAACAAGGAACAUCUGCUAACUCACUCAAUUUCCUCUACCUGUUCUGGUAACACCAAUGUAAAUUCCAGCCAAUCACAAUGCUCCAUCUGUUUCCCUUAACUGUAACACACAUUGCAUUUGGAUUUGGGACUUGUUUGACCAUAAUUUAUUUAAUUCCAAUCCCAGAGCAUUGGUAAUCUAUAACACUAAUAAAACAUCUUAAACAAUAUAACUAUUUCCAUUAGAUGCACUGAUGAUGAACUAUUUGAGUCAGCAAUUUUUUCUGCUUGUAGUAGAUAAAAAUGGGGAUUGUGUUGAAAACCAUUUAUUUUUCACGUUUUUUGCAUGCAUAUUUUCUUCGGUUUAAAAGAGUAUAUAUACACUGUAACUCCUGAUUUAUCUUUUUUAGGAUAUAUCUGUUUGCCGAACUGUAACACCGUCGGCUGCGAUGGGUAUUAUUGCUCCAAGAGAUUUCGUAGAUGUAGUGCUAAUUAAACGUUAUGAAGACGGGAGUAUAACAUCGAAUGGUGAGGGCACUCCCAAAACAUCUUAUUAUUAUAAUGAUUGAUUAUUCUGACCUACAACUGCUUUCAAAAUUCAUUUGGAUAAAAUACAACCUCAGUUGAAGGUUCAAAUUUAAUGUCAAAAUAGACAAAGUGAAACAUCUUUUAAGUCAACUAUACUUUAAGUUUGGCUAUUCUGGUAUUAAAUUUGAAAUUCACUUUAAAUUCACAUUGAGUUCUCACUUUUGGAAAUAACCAUGUGCAGUAUUUCUGGUUUUGUAUCACUGCAGCCUUUCCAGCCAUGUGUGUUAUAUCUGUAGCAGUGUAGCUAAGGAAUACCCCUUGUGUUUGUGAAAUUAUCUUCACCUUAUUACUAUAGCAAGGCAUUGUUCAUGAGAUUCAGUAAGCCCAACUAGACGCUUCAUCCUGUAUCCUUUGACGUCAUGAUAAUCCUACUCUUGACCAUUUAAUGGCAUGGUAUGGAACAUGUGUGCUACAUGGUUCCAAAUCUGAUAUGGAUUCAACAAAUCAAUCAGUCAACACUAUCACUAACUUCAUGACAAAUGGAAUAUUUAUACGCAGGUUAUACUAUCACUAUACCCAGGAUAAGGAGCUGAACAUGUUUUACCGUAGUGUUACUAAAUUGACUGCAUAUCAAAUAUUUAGUCCAGCCUGCCCAGGAUUACUGAGAGUUACACUAUCAGUAAGCAGCCAACAUUAUUCAUCCCUUUUCCUAAAACUGAUAUGCUGUGUUACUUAGUCUGUCUAGCCCCUCUUCCAUCAUAUCAAUAAGAUGAGUUACAUUAAAGGCAAAGGUCUCAACUAAAAAGAAUGCCUCCCUAUGUGGCCAGGCUGGAGCACCUUGUGUCUUCUGGUUUACUAUGAUGUCUCCAGGACCCAAAUUAGCACUUUUUUUACCAUAAUGAAGGGUUAACCAUUAUGUACAUGUAAUAUAUAUAUAUAUAUAUAUAUAUAUAUAUUUGUGUUCGGGGCAUUCUCAUAUGAUAUGGAAUACUCUGGUGGAGAGUAAUACAAUAAAAGGAUAAAGUCGGUUGAGGUGUGCCGAAAACCGACGUAUGCUGUAGGCCGGUAAAUAAAGUGGGCCCACAUGGAGGAAAGUAUAGCUAAUGGGAGUGGAGGGUGGGGCUGUUCGUCUGGACCAACGUAGGUAAGUGAGGGAAGGGGGGAGUCCCCUUUUAAGUAGAUCUAUUGCCCCUCCCACAAAUUCAGGCCCUGCCUUCAAACUUGUGUUCGGGGCAUUCUCAUAUGAUAUGGAAUACUCUGGUGGAGAGUAAUACAAUAAAAGGAUAAAGUCGGUUGAGGUGUGCCGAAAACCGACGUAUGCUGUAGGCCGGUAAAUAAAGUGGGCAAAAGAUAAAGCAAGAUAAACAUUUAUUCGGUAACAUAAAUACAAAGAAAAUACAAAUACAUUAUUAAGUAGACAUAUUAAUGAAAGCCCUCCUAAGCUCUUGGACUGGGUGCGGGAUGUAGGUAGCGUAAGCUGAGGACUUCCAUCGACCCAAUGUCUUAAUGACAUGCACGGGAACAUUUUGGCUAGAGGCUGUGGAGGCCGCACCAAUUCUGAAGGAGUGCCCCGAGUAGCUACUAGGGUUCAGACCAAGCCUGGUGAUAAGCAUUCGAACGUAAAGCAUGAAUUUUGACGUGGUGAGAAUGGUAUCGUGCAGCAUUAGUAGAGGCCUUGUGGGCUGUGUUUGUUUCGUGGUUAAAAAAACGUCUAGUGCUUUUACUGGGCACCAAUUGUUUCCCGUGGGGUAGUAGUUAAUGUGAACUGGUUCCCCCCUCUGACUUGUCUUAGUCUUAGGUAGAGACAGGACGUAGUAGUCUGUGUGUUUUGUGAGAUGUGACGUGAGGAGGCACCCUUGGUUGUGCAGUUGGCCACUAAUGGUGAAUUCUCGUGGUCUAAGAAAUCCGUAAAAGGCCAGAUACAUGGCGGCUUUAAUAACCGUGUUUGUAUUGGGUUCAAAAGGUGCUUGGUCGAGUAGAUUGGACAGGGAUUUGAACAUUCCUAUGUCAAUAGCCAAUCUUUUGGGCGUAGCUGGACCGUCUGCCUUUGCUAUACCCUUCAGUAGCGUGCGGAUGGGGUAUGAGGUUAAGAACCCUUUGUGGUUAGGGAGUGAGUAGUACAUGUGGUGUUGUAUCCCCGUGAGGUAAAGCUUAAUGGUGUUAUGUGUGAAUUUUAACUUAAGGUGGCAAAAGGAUGCAAAAGCCAUUAGUGAUGAUACUUCGAACCAGUUGGUUAGGUGAUGGUCAGUCAUGAAUCGUUUAUAUAGGUGAAAUGCUCUGUUAUAUGAGUGUUGAGUGCUAGUGGACAAAGCUAAUUUUGUGAGAGUGAGGCUGUGAUGAAGUAGUUCAUCUAUUCCAUGACAAGGUCUUGGAAGGUUGGCGCUGGGGUUGCCAUACGAGCUGCCGAGGGUAGGGACCGUCCCUGAAAUUGAAAGCGAGAUAGCUGGUCAGCUGCCGUAUUGUAUAUGCCGGGAACAUGGGAGCAUACAAUGUGGAAGUGAUGGGUGGCUGCCAGCCAAGUCAGUUUCCUAAUGAAAUUCAUAAUUAUCAAGGAGGAAGAGCGGCCUUUGUUGAUAAUGUGGCAUAUUGCCAUGUUGUCAGAGAAACAGCGUACUGACUGACCUUCCCACAACCUACACCAAGUGACAGCUGCGGCAACUAUUGGGUAUACCUCAAAAAGGGCAGAGUUAGUGUGAAACCCCUCGAUGCCCUGUGUUUCUGUUGGCCACGUCCCCCAGAGCCAAUUUGUGCCAAAAAUGGCCGCAUAUCCCGCGGAUGAUGCUGCAUCUGUCCAAAUGACAGGUGACUGAGAAUCCAGCUGUGGAAGGAACAUGCUUCUACCAUUCCAGUCAGAGAGGAAUCUGUACCACAUCUGAAGGUCGGCAGUCGCAGGGCCGUUCAAAGAUAUGCGGGCAUAGUCGUUGGUGAAGGUGGGGAACAGGGCGAGGAGCCUGGAAAUGAAAGCCCUGCCCUGGGGGAUUAUGCGCAUGGCGAAAUUUAGUGAACCCAACAGAGAUUGUAGUUCUUUACGGUUGCAUGAGCCCCUGUGCAUGUAGUGGUUAAUGUCGUGUAGGAUGUUAUCAAUCUUAGUUCUAGGGAGGCUGGCCAUCAUAGCUGCUGAAUCGAGCAAAAUACCUAGAAAGUUGAUGACUGUGUCUGGACCUUCUGUCUUGGUGGGUGAUACGGGGACGCCGAGUGCGGUGAAUAGUUCGACAGCUUUGUGUAGGCUACACGGGGGGUUGGUGUUGGCUUCGAUGAACAGAAAAUCGUCCAGAUAGUGUAUCACAUUUUGGCACCUACUGGUAUUAAGGAGGAGCCAACACAAAGCCUCAGCGAAUGUGUCAAAGAUCCUUGGACUACUCUUGGCUCCAAAAGUGAGUUUUGUAAAAAAGUAGUAGGCUUCUUGCCACUUAACUCCGUGUAGGUGCCAUAACGAGGGGUGUAUAGGUAACAGUUUAAAAGCAUUGACUAUAUCCGUCUUGCUGAGCCAGGCCCCCACCCCCGCUGACCUGAUAGCUGCAAUAGCGUGGUCAAUAGUGGAGUACUGUAAGGAAAAUUCUUCUGAAGGAAUCAAUGAGUUUAGGCUGGGGAUGGCUGAAGAGUGGGGAGCGGAUAGGUCAAUGAUGAGCCUUUGUUUGUCUGAAUUUUUACUUGCGACCAGUCCGAUAGGGUUAGUUCUCCAGCUGGAAAAGGGGGGAUUACCAAAAGGACCGAUGACAAAUCCCUGGUCCACUUCCAGCUGUAGCAAGUUAGUAACUGCGGUAGGGUUAUUAGAGGCUGACUGCAAAUUGUGACAUUCUAACACUCCUGUUGGCAUGUAAAUGAGCCCCGUGUGAAAUCCGUGGGUGAGACCAGUGCAUAAAAAUUCCACCAGGUGUUUAGAGGGGUGAGUGGACAGCAUGUGUUCAAGUACAGGAACGUUCACUGGAGACAAAUAAGGUUUCUGGAACAUUUUAUUUGUGCACAUGGAUCUCGCAUGUGCCCGAAAACAGUGUGAGCAUACAUGUAAUAAGCGGCAAGCGCUGUAACCACAGGAGCCUUCAUUGAAGUUAUUGCAAAUUUGUGAUUUGCCUAGGUACACAACCGGACGACCCAAUUUGUCUCUGGUCUGUUUCUCAGUUUUAAGGGGGUGCUGUAGGGACGUGCUGGGAGCGUGGUCCGGGCAGAGGGGGCACAAAUAAGCUGUGUGAGCGGGUGACGUACAUAUGGCACAAGCUGGUGUCCUGAGCCCCGCAAAGUGUCUGAGGAACAAUUCAUUGUCCAGUUGGCUCCAAUCCAUCUGGAUGCCAUACUGGGACAAUGUGGCUGACACUUUAGAUGAAAAAGACUUGUGAUAGUCAUAAAAAGUGUAACCACCAUAUUUGUUACCCAGGUCCACCAGUUUAUGCAUAUAUAAGUCCAGUUCCUCUCUCCUGUGUGGAUGAACUGAGCACAGGAUGUCCCUAUAGAUACCAAAAGACAGGACAAAAUCGGGAAUGGUCAAUUUCUUACUGAGUCUGGGGUCUCUGGCUUUUAAAACAACAGAGAUAUCCCCGUAGUCGUAAGAGCGGUUUUCCACUACAUCCUGGGAGGCAAUGAGCAAGGAGACCAAGUUUACGUCCUUGCCCUCCAGGAUGUCUUUUUUAAGAUUGGCCGGAACCAUGUGGGCAGGGUUAAUAACGUGUGCCGCUGUCUUGUUAGGUAUAGGAUUACCCGCUGUUGCUGUGGAUAUGACCGGGGCUGUACCAGCGAGAGGCACAGGUGGCUCUAUGGCGGAGCUGCGUGCCUCCAGCCUUUCCAGUCUGUCGUUGACCUUCCCCAUAGAAGAGAUUAGGGAGGCAACCAUAGCAUGGAGAGUCGGGUCUUGGGAGUUACUAGUGCCUUCCCGGCGUCUGUCAUAAGGGUGUUUGUUUUAAGCAGUUUAAACAGUUCUGCUUUCCUGGCCGUGGCCGGGAAAGGGAUACUGCGUUUGCGCAAUUCCGCCGUGAUGCGAGGGAUAGUCCACGAUCUGAUGGACGAGGGACUUCCUAUGUCGUCCUUACGUGUCGGGGUAAGUGACCUAGCCGGGGUGCUAGGGACUGACAUGUCGUCGCCAUCGUCUGGGAGCAGGGACAUACUGAAAGUAAUAACAGGCAUAGUUGGAGGCUCGUUGGAAUAGCCGGUAGCUAGUUAGUGCCAGAUGGCGAAAAACUUAACUCUAGGUUUUGUGGCAGGUGAGGCCCUACUAGUGCCAAGUGGCUAGAGAGGCUCUAUCUAUGAGUUGGCGCGAGGGGUAUGGUAGCCUGCCCAGUGAACCGGGAUGUUUGCCUCUCCAAGGGUAAGUAAGGAGGAAGAAAAAAGGGGGGGGGGGGGUUUGGUAGUGACAGGUGUCGCCCUCUCUGUACAACUGCGAGGCGGCUAACUAUGAUUUGGCCCGAGGGGCGUAAAGUACCUCGAAGUGGAGGAUGGGAGUUGGCCUCGCGGACCUCUAUGAUUAAGGGGCAGGGAAUUAACUAACGUGGCGUUGUAGAAAAAAGGCGUGUAACCGACAUACCUGCAGAAAAUUGAGCACUGGUUCUGUAAGAGAAUUCAGGUGUCUCUUGAGUAGGGGGGUGGUUAGUUUAGGUGACCCGUCCGAGGUAUGCGGAUUCCUGGGGGUAUGAGAAUUAAGAUAAUGAACCCUUAAGUGGAACAUAUAUAAAUAUGGCAUAGUAAGAGUCCUGGGGGGGGGGGUUGCCGCGUAUUACCAUCCCCACCCCCCCCAAUGUAUAUGAUGUUAGUUAAGAUUUAACGUUACCAAUACUUGCAGAACAUUCUUACCAUAUAUUAACCAGCAAUAAGUAAACAUGUAUGCAUGUAUCACAUUUUAACCAGCAAGUCAUACCUUAUAUAUAUAUAAUAACAAAGAAAAAAUAAAUUGUGUGAGGUUAAUACAAACCAGCAUCUUAUUUAGCAGUAUAAGUGUAAAACACAGCUGUAUAUGUAUAACAGUACUUUAAAAAAAAAAUAAUUGCUGUUAAUUAGACAUAGAUAACCAUUGUAACCAAAAUGACCAAAGGUAUAUGCAUAAUGAAUGGUGGAGGCUGGCUGAACUAAGGGUCAACCAGCAGCAAAGAAUGACCCCCUUUAAGCAAGGUACACCCCCCCCCACCCCCUUCCCAAGUGUGUAGUUGGUGGGAAACAGAGUCCCCUAACGUUAUAGGGGUCUGGUUGUGGCUUGUGAGUGCCCUACCACAUCCCCCUUCCACCCCCCUCCCCUUCCCUGCGAAAAGAUUCCUCCCUGGUGGCCGAAAACAGAGACUCCUAGGUAGUAAUGGAGUCUCUGUUCUGUGUGUGGGAGCUCCUCUUACCGCCCGGACCAGUUGGUAGGCGAGGAGGGUAGCCGAGACCUCCGUUCGGGAGCUGGUGGAGCCGCCGGAAGUUGGCGCGUGACGUCAGAAGAGGGCGCCGCGUCUCACCGGAAAUGACGAUUUCGACCCGGAAGUCGGGAGCGACGGAGGCCUGCGAGACAAGGCUGUUCGUCUGGACCAACGUAGGUAAGUGAGGGAAGGGGGGAGUCCCCUUUUAAGUAGAUCUAUUGCCCCUCCCACAAAUUCAGGCCCUGCCUUCAAACAUAUAUAUAUAUAUAUAUAUAUUUAUGUAACAUAUAAGUCAAAAGCUCUGUCACUUAAAACACAAUAUUUAUGGGUGCAUCAAGUUAGAAAAAGAGGACUUACCUCUUAGCAAACUCAUAACAAAAGGGACAGUUUUACUGUGGUCCUAGGAAAACUUAUUCGUUUUUGUUUGAUUUUGUUUUUUUGCUGUUGUUUUUUUUCUUUAUUAUAUAAGAUAAAGAGAUCUUACGAUAUAUUUCUGUUGUUUUAGCAACAAAUGUGACACACCAAGACUGUCCUCCCCAGCGAAGCUUUGUCAGAGGAUUUAACCAUGCCUGUGGCUGUUUCUGUGUGCCAGUUCCUGGGUAAGAAAGACGGGGUUGUGUUUACUGAUGAACAGCAGUAAACAUUCGUUACUUUUCCAUCACAUCCAUUCUUCAUACAUCUGGUUGAUUUAUUUGGUGGGAUAACAUUUGUGUCCCUGUACAUAUUGAUUUUAAUUUUUAAUGAUUAAUCAGUCACAUUUAGCCAGUACAAUGUUAAGAACAGGGUUUAUGUAUCAAAAAGUGCAGCUCGAGGACAGUAGAGGUAUAUUUGCAAAAAGAGAAAAAACGAACCGCACUCCAAUCACGUGAAGAUCCAGGUGCUAAACUGGACCAAGGGCCAGGACAGCCCCAUGGAGUAGAUAUCAGUAGUAGAAAGAGGAUCCAAGCACUCCAAGUAUCUUCAAAUGUUUUUAUUGGGACAAGUGAGACACCGCAACUUUUCAGUCUUGAAAGGGUUCUUGUCAUAUUUGGUGAGAUAACAUUUGUGUCCCUGUACAUAUUAUUUUUUUUUUUUUCGUGCAGAGAUUAGUUUGCAAGCUCUUUUUGGCAUGUCAACACAGGUACACAAAACAAGAUAAAUGACAAGUAUGUAGUAGAACAUGUUGAUAGAACUGCACCUUUUGUAGGAAUUAAACUUAUCAUGCAUAAUAUGCUAUUUGAGACACAUGGUAAGAUGCGACUGAACUUAUCAGGGAAAUCAUAUCAUGAAUUUAUUUUUAUUUUUAAUGAUUAAUCAGUCAACAUUACCCAGUACAAUGUUUUGUAUCAAAAAGUGCAGCUCAAGGACAGUAGAGGUUUAUUUUUCCUCCUCACCCACUCAAUUAUUCUCUGAAGGAGUCGAGACAGUCUCUUCCUUUUGUAUAGUGUUGGUAAACUAGACUGUAAGUAUGGCAAAGUGUAACAUUCAAAAAUUAAAGAAAAUCUAUUGUUGAAAAAAUAACCCCAUGUUUUUUAAUGCAGUAUCUACAAUAAUAUAUUAAUAAAAUGAUGCGGAGACAUAACAUACAAAUAUAUCCACUUUCAAACUUCUGUAGCUUUACAGCAGAGCAAAGAGAGUUUGUCAACAGCAACAGAGAGAUUCCACCUUUACCCAGUAAUGUAUUUUGGAAUUGUGCUGCCCUAGGCACAACCAAAUUUGGGCACCCCCCUAAUCUAAAUUUGCCCCAACAUGUUGUGUCAGGGCCACUUUUUUGACUGACAGACACACACCUCAUUGAUACAUGCACUGACAUACACUCACUGACAUAUACACAGUCAUUAGUACACACAUACAGUCAUUGGCACACACACUGUUUAACCAACACACACUUUCACUGACCGACACACACACUGACACACUCACUCACUGACAGACGCACACUCUUAGAUACACAUACACUGACAGACACACACUGACACACACUCGCAGACACACACAUCCUCACUGACUUGAUACACUCUGACAGACACACACAUUCACUCACUCACUCACUCACUCACUCACAAACACACACUAAUAGCUACAUGCACUCACUCACAGUCAUACACAUACUCACUGACAGACACACACUCACAAUGACAGACACACACACUCACUGACAGACACACACUCACAAUGACAGACACACACACUCACUGAUAGACACACACACUCACAAUGACAGACACACACACAUUCACUGACAAACACACACUCACUGACAGGCACACACGUACACACACACACAUUUUUUCAUACACUCACCAAUUAUUAAUAUUUUUGAAUUUAAAUCCACCCAGCCUCCAUACCUUUGGUAGAGCUGGAGUGGAUGCUGUCCAUGACAGCUGCUGGGAUGCCUGGGCAGGCUCCUUGCUGGCUGGGCUGGGGCUGCUGGCUCUGAUGGUGCUGCUGGAGUGGCUGGCUCUGCUGGUGCUCAACGGAGGUGACGAGGGAACUGAGCUCUUCUUGCUCAGCUCCCUCGCGCACCGCUUAGUGAUGCCAGUUCCGGCGUGAAGUCAUAUUUCGGCUCCUAGCAUCACAGAAGGAUGCGUGAGGGAGCAAGAAGAGCAGAGGACAGCUCUCCUCGCCGCCCGGCUAGAAUAUUACUAGUUUAACACCUCGGCAGAGUUCUACGGUGGCCAGACGGCCAGCUCUUGGGCCCCCUAGGACACGAGGCAAACAACGCAUUAGACAUUGUUGUCAAACACUGUCUGACCCAAGGUGUAUGUAUAUGGCUGAAGGAUCCUUUAAAUACUAAAAGUAAGGAUAUGUUUUUUCUCUUUUUUUUUUUUUUACAUAUAAUUCAUUUAAUAAAAUCUAUUGCCUUUCACAAUUUGAUGAAGGGUUUAUUAUAUUAAAAAUAGAUUUGAGGUGACAAUUGUCCUUGAGAAAAAACUGUUGCAGUCACACCUCAGGCCUCAGGGUCCAUUUACUGCAUAUAUUAGAGGCACUCACAGUGGGAAAGUAAUGCAAACACCUCUUUCCUCUAUAAGGGGCCUGUCAUUUCCUCCCAGCAUCCUGCAGGGAGGCAGCGUGGGAGUGAGAGGAGCACAAAGAGCUCCAGACCCCUCACUCCCAUCAGCAGCAGGACUCCAAGCCACCCUCCUGGCACAUAAGGUAAGCUAACUGGAGGGUGGCUGGAGAUAUUGAAAAUAAAUCACUUGUAUGUGUGUGAGUAUAAGUGUGAAUGUGUGUGUAUGAAUGUGAGUGUGUGUGAGUAUGAGUGUGUGUAAGUAUGAGUGUGUGUGUGAGUAUGCGUGUGUGUGUGUGUGAGUAUGAGUGUGUGUGUUUAUGUGUAUGUGUAUGAGUGUGUAUGAGUAUGAGUGUGUGUGUGUAUAUAUAUAUAUAUAUAUAUAUAUAUAAAUAUAUCAGUGUGCUUCUGUGUCUGCGCACACAUCUGUGUAUGUGCGUCUGUGUGUCAGGGUGUGUGUUUUUAUGUCAGUAUGUGUAUCGGUGUCAUGGUGUGGGCAUGUAUCAAUGUUUGUGUGUGUCAGGGUAUAUGUAUAUGUGUAUAUGUUGGUGUGUAUCUAUGUGUCUGUAUCUAUGUGUGUAUCUAGAUGUGUCAGUGUCGAUGUGAAUUUGUGUGUAUGUGUCAGUGUAUUUACAUGCAUCUGUGUGUUAAUGUGCAUGUAUAUCUGUGUAAGUAUGUUGUAGUGUAUGUGCAUACAUCCAAGCAGUCAAACACCAGCACAACAUACAAGCACACUUCUGCAAUCUAACGCAGAUAUUACAUACACACACCCCUGCAUUCAAACUAAGAAAAAAAUAUACAAACACACCCCUUCACUCAAACACAAAUACAUUCGCAUUUAAAAGUGAACAUUACAUUCAGACACACUUCUGCAAUCAAACGCAAACAUUACAUACAAACAUACCCCUGUAUUAAAACACAACAAAUGUAUACAAGCACCCCUUCAAACACCAACACUGUACAUUACACUAUAGCGCCAGUAAAUGCCGCAGUGCUGUACAGAUAUGCAACUUAGAAACUUUGACUCAGGGGGCCUUGGGAAAAUACUGAAACGUUAAGGGCACCUUGAACCUAAAAAGUUCGGGAACUACUGGGUUAAAGGCUAAUACCUCAGACAAUGACUAUGAGUAUGGGAAAGGGAAAUCAUUUUUACUAACACCCUCUAUCCCACAGCCCCAGGGGAUGAGGGAAGCUGUAAAGAAUCAGUUGUAUGUACCCAUUACAUACCGUAUGACAUUCUUGCACAUGAGAUUAAGGUAGUGGUGGGCAUUUGCAGUUAUAGGUUUGUGUUUAUUAAUUAUGGCAAGUUACAAAUGCAGAGUAAACCAUUCUAGAUUUUAGAUCUGAUUCUAGAUCUGAAUUUUAAAGAGCUAAUGGAAAGUUAACAUUCUUGCAGUUUCUCAUGUUAGCCUUUUUUUUAUUUAUUUUUUUCUUCCUUGUUAACCGAUUUGACUACAUUUUGCUAUUUAAUUAUGAAUUUGUGGUGACUCACUGCUUAGAGAAUAAACCCCAAAUAGACUCCUGGUACAGCAAAAAGCAAUGUGUCAAGAGGCUAACUGUUAAGGAACAGAAUGUGCUACCUGGAAGUGUUUUCCAUUCUUUAAAUACAAUGUCACACUUUUAAAGCGCUACGGAAUCUGUUGGCGCUAUAUAAAUGGUAAUAAUAAUAGUAAAAAUAAUAAUAAUAAUAGUUCACCAACAAUUCUACAUUCGUGACGACCACACAAUGAAACAAGUGUUACCCGGAAAUCCUAACGCAGUCUAACAUUGACCUUGUCACUGUAUAAGUACAAGGUCAGUUUGUAGACAUGGAAUGUUUGUUGAUUUUUCAUUUCAUAUCAACAUCAAUAGUAAGAAACACAUAACCUUUGCCAAUUCAGCUCCGUCCCAGGGAUAAAACAUAAUCAGUGUGCAGCCGCCUGUCAUAUCUAAGAGAGAGAGAAAGUGUCUGUGCUUUAACAUGGUCUCUUCUAUGUGUCUAGACUGUGUUUAACUGUAUACAGGGCCGGACUGGGAAUGAAAAGCAGCCCUGGAAAAAUUCUAUACCAGCCCCGUAAUGCAUCGCGCCAGCAUAGUGAAACUGAAAACUAUCACUCAAACGUGAAAGAAAGCACUCAUAGGGCUUGAAAAUAAACGUGCUUAUUUUGAAUUAACAAAAGUGUGCUCUUCACUUUGGCUGGCAACUGGAUGAUUUCUGUCAACGCCAAUUUAAUUCCCAUAGGAAAGCAUUGGGAGGCUAUUGCGCAUGUGUGGCAAAACGCUGCACUUCAUCGCACCAAUACGCAUCUCCUCAUAGAGAUGCAUUGCAGCAAUGCAUCUUUAUAGGGAGCGUUCAGCGCCUCCAUACAGAGCGUGGAGAUGCUCAGCAUAGGUGCUGCACACUGGACUAGGAAGCAGCUCUAGUGGCCUUUAAUAUGAAACUCUUUCUCUCAUCGGUCAACACUAAAUUACAGGGAGAGCAGGAGACACAAAUGAAGAUACAUUUUGUUUGUGUCUUUCUCCCCCAAGCCCCUUUCAUGUGUCUCUUAGCCCCAGCCCCUUUGUCUCUUUCUCAACUUACCCAGCCCUUCUGUUAGUCUCUUUCCCAGGCUGCAGCACUUCUGUGUGUCUCUUUUCACACAGCUCCUCUGUGUUUCUCAUUCUCCCCUUCCCCAGCCCUUCUGUGAGUCUCUUUCCCAGGCCCCAGCACCUCUGUGUGUCUCUUUCCCCACAGAUCCUUUGUGUGUUUUUUUCUCCCCAGCCUCUCUGUGUGUCUUUUUACUCCCCUGCCCCUCCAUGUGUCUCAUUCCACCCCCUCCAGUCUUACAUGUGUAUCAUUACCCCCCAUCCCUUCAUGUUUCUCAAUCCAUUCCCCCCAGCCCUCCAUGUGUCUCAUUACCCCCCCAGACCUCCAUGUGCCUUAUCUCCCUCAAUCCCUUCAUAUGUCCUUAUAGCCCCUCUCAGCCCUCCAUGCAUUCCUAUACCCCACUCUCAGCCCUUCAUGUGUCCCUAGAGCCCAGCCCCCAUGUGUCCCAUUAGUUCCCCCCAGCCCCCAUGUGUCCCAUUAGUUCCCCCCCAGCCCCCAUGUGUGCCAUUAGUCAUCCCUCCCAGCCCCCAUGUGUCCCAUUAGUUCCCCCCAGCUCUCCCUGUACCUUGCUGUAGCGUGGCCGAGCAGGCAGACCACAGUGGAGGAGCUCCUGCUCACUGUACCUGGUCUGACAGGAAGCAGUUCUCUGUGAGCACUCUCUCUCUCUGUGGGCACUUCCUAUCAGACCGGGUAUGAGAACAGAAGCUCCUCUACCCACGGUCUGCCUGCUCGGCCAUGCUACAUUCUGUGACCUGUAGGAGGGGAGUGCGUCCCCUCCUGCCGGUUACUCUGUAAUUGCACUGUGCGGCCCACGGCCCGGCGUGCACUAGGUGGCCGCGCACCGGCCCGAUAGUGUGCCGGCCCACAAGGAAAUUACUCACAAUGACUGUAUAGUUUGUAUUUUAUCCAUAGGCACACAGCCUCACUUAAAUAUAACUGCAUACAGACCCAUAAACACAACCUCUCUCAUAUAACUUCAUACUGACACACAGCACCUCAUAUAACUGCAUACAGACACACAACUCCUCGUGCAACUGCAUGCAGACACACAGCACAUUACAUGACUGCAUAGAGACAUAUUGCUGCAUACUGACACACAAACUCCUCACUGCACACACAGACACAACCUCUCAUAUAACUGUAUAUAGAUAUAUAAAAUCAUUCUUUUAGAGAGGAACUGUCACCUUCUCCAGUUCUUGCACAACCUGAUAGAUAACUAAAAGCUAGCUAUCUUUGUUUAAUUAAUCAUAGCCUUUUUAUUUUUAUUUACAUGCUUUGUUAGGAAAAGCAUGUAGAUUAGUAAACUCAUAUAAUUCCAUAGACUACUAUGGCAUUGUGCACUGCACUGAUGGAUAAAAAAAAGACAAGCACGCAUGCCAAUGUACGGCAUUUCUCUAUCAGAUGCCAAGGCAUCAUGGGAUUUCAAAGUUGUCGCAAUGUGGAAGUGCAAUGGAGGUAAGUUUUUAAUCUGUUAUUCACUGCAGUAAAUACGGCAAUAGCAUUUGCUGGAGUGUAGCAACAGGGAACUGUCACUUCUCUGGAAAUAUCAGGCUGAAAUUCUAGUUUUUUUAAUUGCAAUUUUCUUUCUUCCUGACAAGUAUUCUGUAUAUGUCCACCUACAAUGCAUUGUUUUUUGGGCACUGUAUUGUAAGAGAUCAGUAACAAGGGCAUACUUGUAGUUUAUUAUUGUAUAUUGACAGCUCACACACAAAGAUACACGUUAAAAAAUUCAGCAAAAUAUUAUUUCAAAGUGUAGCCGAUGGAAGAAAAAUCAGUAGAAAAGCAGAACACCAAAUGUCACCUGCACAAAUUUAAAAGCCAUUUUAUUAAAGUGAAACUAUAGUGCCAUAUAGUGACCUCUCCCUCACACCACCUCUCCCUCACGGUGCUGAUGUUAAAAACCCCUUUAUCACCUACCUGAUUCGAGCUCUGAUGUCCCUGUGCGCUGGUACAGGCUCUGCCGUCAGCCUGCUGGAGUGAUCUAACGCGCGUGUGCGCGAGCAUUGUGUAAUGAUUUCCUAUGGGGUUUUGGGUGACGUCCAGCAUCAGUUGAGGACGUCCAGCUUCACUUAGGCAACCAAAAGUCUCCUCACCACCUGGAAAUCUGCAAUAUUUACCAUUGCGGGGUUAAGAAGCCUAGGACACAGCACCCAGACCACUUCAAUGAGCUGAAGUCGUCUGGGUGUCUAUAUAAUACAUUUAAAUUGUAUUUUUUUUCUUAAAGGGAAAAACAAGUGAAACUAAGUGACUAGCCUGAUGCGCCUAUAUUUCAUACAUCCCAAGUGUCCCCAUUUAGAAAGGACAGUACCUAUUUUGGGCUCAAAUACCUCUGUCCCUCUUAUUCUCUGUGUUUGAGUGUAUAACAGAGCUCCAGAGCAACAAUAUUGGCAAUAAUGUGUCAUUAAACUACAAUAAAUAUUUUUGGAAACUAGUCUGUGUAAAUAAAGUAAUAAGUAACAAGUAAAUAAAGUUGGCUUUAGUAAAUAGAAUUUAGUAUUAGAAUUGCCAUACCGGUUGGAAUUGAUUAGGGAAUUACAAUUAAUUAUUGUUCUAAAUUAAAUUUCAGGUUUUAGUAAGUUACAGACAGUUUCUCAGAACAGUCUUGCCCCUGUUUCCACCCCCACUCAUACCUCUAAAAUUAAAGUGUCAUACAUAGAUGAUUUUAAAUUUUAUUCGGAGGUGUGCGUAUUUGCGGUACGAAAGUAUAUCAUAUUUGCUACAAAGAAUUUGUAGCUAUUUCUUGGCACAUUCUGGUCUUUCAGAAAUCCAUUCAUGGUCUUAACACUGUCGGCUUGUUGCCUCAAACCGUCACAUGCUUAGUCAGUGAUUAUAACAGAUGAGGGAAUGGCUUUUACUUGCAUGCUUCUUUAUUAGUCGUUUAAUGGAAACGAUCAAUAAUAUGUAAAGAUUUAUUUUAGGCAAUUAAUUUAUGGAGGUAUAAUGCCAUAUCAGAGUAUUUUAAAAUAAUAAACUAUAUGGAUUGUGUGUCACUCCUUAUUUAUUGCCUGCAAAUGCAUUGCAUAUAACCACAAUUCGAUUUAGAGAGAACUAUUGCAGUAAUUAUAAUUAUACACAUAGUGCACAUUUUGUUAUUUAUUACUACAAAGGGCCUUGCUGUGCAUCUAUAUAUGUACUGAUGCAGAGCAAUUUACAAAGCAGUGCUCAGCCAGAAAAUACAAUUUGUAGAUAUCUCUACUAAUGAGGCUCAGAGCAUUUCUACCUUCAGUUGGUUAUUUUUAAAUCAAGGUUUUAUGAGAAAUAUAUCUGGUUCUGCUCAAGAACGACACUUUGACUCAUAUUAUGCUCAGGAAAAUGUGCGUAGCAAAUUCACAGCAACAUUUUUAUUCAGAAUUAGGCUAAGAGGUACAAUUUCUAAGAUGCUUUACAUUUUAGAUUUUUGGAGCCUGGUUUUGGGGACAAUCCCGUGGCGUUUCCCAAAAUUUUGUAUUACAAUUAUUUUUUUUUUUCCUAAAUACUGAAGGUGAUUAAUGUUUGAGUUUACACAAAAGUGCUGUCCACUCAUCACGAUUCCUGGUUUAAUAACUCAAGUUAGAUCUCAGCUUUUAAAAACGUAGAGAAAGUGGGAGCUGCAAAGCAAAUAUUGGCAUACUGUGCUCUCUAUAUGUUGCCUUAAUAUUAUUAAUUUCUUGUAUGAGGCCCAACAGUUUCUAAAUUAGACGCAAACAUUGUUAUUCACUAAAGCAGGAGUAGGCAAUACUCAGCACUCCAGAUAUUGUGAACUACAUCUCCCAAAAUGCACUUACAACCUUAAUACUGGCAGAGCAUAAGGGAAAAUGUAAUUCAAAAUACCUGAAUAAAUGCUGAAGGUUUCCUACCCCUGUAUUAAAAAAGUGUAUUUUCUGGAAUUCACAGCCAAACUGAAGACAUUCCUGAAUGUUUCCAUAAAGGUUUCCUGGACUAAAAUUGCAAAAAUGAUCCUGCUUGUAUCUUAAAGCAGCACUUUACACACAUAAAGCACAUGAAGGUAAAGUGCUGUAGGUGUUUGGACUGUGUCGUAUUUGUCAUGUUACAAAAAGUACAGAUUUUAACAGAAAUUAUAAAAAAAAAAAAUUAAAUGACCUAGUUACUGCUUGUUAGACAAUCGGUCCUGUAAUUUCCUGGUUUGCUUAGCUCAGUGGAGCUAAACUUAAGAGAAACAUAGAAUGUGACGGCAGAUAAGAACCAUUCGGGCCAAAUUUUCUAAAUACUUUCAUAAGUCCUUGGCCUUAUCUUAUGUGACGGAACGCCGUCACUAAGUGCCAUAUCCCUAUGUGCCCGCUGUCUGUUUCUAUGGGGCGAGAUAUGUGAUGGAUGGCCUGAUUUGUUUGGUGCUGGCCACAAACUUGUGGCGCCAUUUUUGGGACUCUUUUACAUGUGCCUGUAUAUGUAGCUGUGGGUCAACAAAAAGGGGGGGGGGGGAGUGUUGCCACAGGGACACUGCCAGCCCAGUGUGAACUGACUGCUUUGUCUCUCUUCCAUCCACCAUCAGCCAGUGGCGGAUCCAGAGCCUGAUCUCGGGAGGGGCACUUGUGGAUUAUUUAAAUAAAAAAUAAUCCAGACACAAUAGCCACUACAGCUCAGUGUAGUGGUUAUGGUGUCAAUAGUGCCGGGACCCCCUCCCAGAGUAAGUAGUCAAAUCGUUUAAGAACAGUUUGACAACUUACCUGAGGUCUGCUGGGAAAUGGGGCUGUAGUAGGGCAUUGGAGCAGUGGUGUGUGUGAGUGGUGCAAUGUGUAAGGGAUGCAGUGUGUGUGUGAAGGUUGUAGUGUGUGAGUGAGGGCGGCAGUGUAUGUCAGGGAUGCAGUGUAUGUGUGGGAGAGUAUGUGUGUGUAACAGUUAGUGUGUGUGAGUAUUGCAGUGUGAGUGUGGGCAAUGUGUGUGUAUGGGAUGGCAGUGUAAGGGGGCAGUGUGUGUGUAUGGGGGGCAGUGUGUGUGUGUAUGUGUGUGUAUGGGGGGCAGUGUGUGUGUGUGUGUAUGGGGGCAGUGUGUGUGGGCAGUGUGUAUGGGGGGCAGUGUGUGUGGGGGCAGUGUGUGUGUGUGGGGGCAGUGUGUGUGUGUGUGGGGGGGCAGUGUGUGUGUGAUAAGGGUAGGGGGGCUUUUUUUAAUAUAUAUAUAUAUAUAUUAUUUAAAUAAAUAUUCUAUGUCCCUCCUCCCUUCUUACCUUUAUGGAGGAGGAGGGGGGACAUAUUUCAAUCCCUGGUGGUCCGGUGGGGGAUUCCCUGGUGGUCUCAGUGGUUGGAGUGAACUCUAGCCUGCGCUCCCGGGCUAGAGUUCACUCUCGCGAGAUUUGGAGCGUUGCCGUGGUAACCGCGGCAACGCUCCAAAUCUCGAGAGAGGAGGACUCGGAGGAGCUGCAGGCUGCCGGGUCCUCUCUCUCCCUCCCUCCCUCCCCUGCCGGCUGCCAGCACGGUGCCUGCGGACCGGGGAGGGAGAUCUCCGAUCUCCCUCCCCGGUCCGCAGGCAUAUAGCAGGGCUAGCAUCUGCAUGUCCUGGCAGGGGAGAGGGAGACCGGCAGAUUUCUCGGGGGGGGGGCAAUUGCCCCGUUGCCCCCCCCCUGGAUCCGCCACUGCCAUCAGCUUAUUUUGUUAUUUUGUGCUGGGGACUCCAUGUAGGGGGUCUGUGCAUGGAAAACCAUGUGUGACACUAUAAACAGAGUUCAGUCAGUGUUGUACCUCACUGUGUUAACCUCUACCACUUCAGCUGGAAGGCUAUUUCAUGCAUCCACUACCCUCUCAGUAAAGUAAUACUUCCUGAAGAGGCAGCAAUUGCUCAGAGCACCUGCCUGUUUUUUUUAAAAAUGUUUUCAUAGGGGGUAUGUCUACUAAAUAGUAAUUUAUUUAUUUGUAUUUGGGCAGUGGAGCAUAAUGUAAGUAAUGCAAAACUGGUAUACAGGUACGUUAGUUAUUUGGAUCUGUAAACACGUCAUCGGUUUUUUAAUUAUACUUAUCUAAAUUUCAAAACGAGUCAAAAACCAUUGAUUGCUGAAAGUGACAUUAAUUACUGACUGCUGUGCAUAUUUAAUAUCAAUAAAUUAUUAUAAUUAAUUUACCUUUAUGUUAUUGUUUGCAGAGAGCCAGAAAAAACCCAACUGCUGAGCUUCUUUCAGACAGAUCUUAGUGGAUAUCUUCCGAAAUCUGUGGUAGAAUCAUUUUUCCCAUACAGCAUGACUAAUUUCUACAGCAACCUUACAAAAGCUGUCAAGGAGCUCAAAGUAUGACGCCAAAACAUUCAGCAGCAACCUGUAGAAGACGUUUGUGUCCUCAGUGUGCGAUGGAGCUAGUAAUGCAGUAUAUGACACACAUAUUUAUAAUUUCAUUUUGAAGAGAGAGAGUUCUUUUACCUUUUAGAUUCGUAUAUACAUUGAUUUCUUGUGCCAGAAAGCAUUUGAUUAUUUUUACUCUUUUACUUUGCUCCUCAGUGUUCACACCCAUUUUUUUUAUCUCGAUUUUAGUUGCAAUUAUAUGCUCUACCAGCAAUAGCCAGAUUACUCAUUAGGUAGCAUAUGUGGCAGCGUAGGGUCUGGUGGACCCCAGACUGAGCCUUGAGCACCUGCUCUGUAUGUGAGGGGACCAUUCUUGAGCUGGCAGGGAGAUCAAGAGAUCACCCAUGUGCUUCCUGACUACAGCGAGGGAGCUCCAUGUUCUGCACAAGUAUCAGGUUCAGAGGACCUUAAGAGCUCCCUACCCUCCUACGGAGUCUUCAAGACAGCACCAAGACCUGCACCCGCUAGAGGUGCCGACCACAAUGCCCUCCCCCCCACUGCACCAACAGAGACCCUGCAGAGCAUAGCAUCCACUGGACUACCAAAACAACCCAUGCUGCCAAAAGGUUAGCAUGUGGGAGGCUAAAGAAAAACUUCCCCUUCCUUGACACACUCAGACACCAUGCAUACACAACACUCGGCUCUCCUCCACACACACAUACAACACUCAGACUUGUCAAUACACAAAAUUCAUCCACCAGAUACAACACUCAACCAGCACACACAUACAGCUCUCAGCCAUGACACGCACAAAACUCAGUCUCACGCACACCUACAACACUCAGCCACGACACACAACAUUCAUAAAAACAGAGACCAGGGCUCUGGGAGGGGGUUCCUAAAUCUGGUCUCCAUCCUGGGGCCCUAGGCAACCUUAAUCUAUCUGUGCCACCAGCUAUAAAGAGAUAUAGACUUGAAAUGGACAUACCUUUGGCUUCCAAACCAUUUUCUUCUACUGCCAUUUUAUGGGCCACUGCUAGUCCAGCACUGAUCUAGAGCCACCCGUGACAAGGUCUAUGCCAUUCUUAUUGAUAGCCCAAGCCAAUGAUCUGAUAAAGUGAUUGACCUUCCUGAAAAGUCAACUUAAAUUAUUUUGUUCUAUAACGUGAUGAUUACUAGACUUAUGCAAAAACUUGUUUCAGAUAGUUUGUUCAAAUCAUAUUCCUUUUUAAUCCACACAAUAAUUUUUUUUCUGGAUUUACCUGUGAAGUCUUAUUCAAUCGAUAAGACUCCACAAGUAUUUCAUCUGGGUGGGGAUUAAAAGGAAAUUAAUCGGACGGACUGUUCGAGGUACAUUUUUGCACAAGUCUAGUGAUGAUUAGUGUGCUCCUUAAUUUAAUGCAUUUACUUGCUCACAUUGAGGCAGCCCUUAAUCAUAAAUCUGGAUAUGUUCUAUGGAUGUUUUAUGGAUACGUUGUAUAGUUCACCAAGCAGAACUGUAAGCUGCAGAUGGACAGUUCUGUCUUUCAAUUCAGCAUACACAUGAUUUGAUAAUAUUCAUAUCAUAUUUAUGAAUUUCUAAAGAUAGUGUGCGCAUAUUUAUAUACAUUUUUGGGUUAAAUGCAUUUUUAUUUAUACAUUGUACUUGAGUUUUUGUUUAUUAUUCUAAUAUGGUAUUGCAGUAUCUUGUAAUGUCUUAAACAUGAUUAAGUGAGCAACUCCCAAAAGUUUGUCUUAAAAGAAUUAUGUGAGUCCAAAGAAACACUUACCACAAUGUAAUGUAGCAGUAUUUUGCAGUAGAUUUUUUUUCUGAAUUAAUAGUGUUUUGAGCAGUGAUACAUUUUAUUUCAGCUACCUCUAAGUCUUUAAGAGAUUAUCCUAUUGGUGCUGUUACCAUGUUAUUUCUCUCAGUUAAAUAUUUAAUGACCUAGCCUUUGUCUUCUGUUCUGCGCACCCUUUUUGUUAAGACACGUCCCUGCACUUUAUUCUCUGUUCAUUUCUGUUGAUGCAUUCUGUGUGAAGAAGACUCUGUGAGUCAAAAGCCUGCACAUUAUAAUGUAUUAAAAUAUAUAUAACUACUGGUUAUAGUAGAUCUCUUGUCAUCCUGUAUUACACCUACACCUUUACUUACCUGACAUAUCCAAGGGGUUCAAUUCGCUGGAAGCCUCACUCUGUCCUUUCGGUACCUAAAAUCUCACUGUGCCAUGUAACUUACC